GACAAACAAACAAACCACCUUCGUUUUAAUUCAUACAAUUCUACAAUUCUAUAAGCUCAGGCUUUUUAAUCUCCAAAACUUUCCAAAACAACGUCAAUCACCUUCCUCAUCACCAAUUCUCACCCCACGUUCAAAAUGCAGCCUUCCAUCUUCCUCGUUGCUUUCGCAUCUAUUGCAGCAGCCACUACUGCAUCUUCUGAUUCCUCAACUCCAACCAGCGCUAUCGCCCCACUCGCCAGCGGCACCUUCACGAACGGAACCUCAACCAACGGUACCAUUAGCGGCUCCACGACUCGUUCCCCUUCGGCUUCUGGUACUGGAAGCGCGGGUUCUUCAGCAACUAGCAAGGCUGCUGCUCCCGCCAACUUUGUCUCAGGAGGUGCAUUUGCUGCAGCCGCUGCAGGAAUGGUCUACCUCUUGUAAUUUUCGAUCGAUCUUUGGCUUUCAAAUUGUUGUGAUACCCGGGUCAUUGCAUGCGAGAAUGUCACCCUCUUGAUUACUGUUUGCCAUGCAUGGCGUUGCUUAGGGUACUCUUCUAGAUAAGAUUGAGUGUGCAUUGGAGGAGCUUCGGAACGGUGGAGGGCAUAAGGCUUAGGCGGAGACGUACAUUUAGAUGUGGAGAUAAUAUAACCAUCCUGGCAUUCUUUACAUGCUAGCUUCAAUUCUAUCAUACCCUUUUCAGACUACCAGUUGCCAAUGAAUGUGACAACCUUUUA